AUGUCACUGGAAGCCUUCUCUGCAGCGCGCAAGCAGAAGCUCGACCUGCUGCGCCAAAGACGUGCAGCCGAGCAGGCCGGCACCACCCUCCCCGACGAUGCAUCCCUCCUCAUCAAACGUCACUUCCGCAACUACGACCCCAUCACGGGGCAGAUGAAACGCUUCACAUCCGCACGCGACCUUCCUGACACCGUCGAAAAGGACGUCGAUGGCCUACAGCAGCAGACAAUAGCCCAAGACGAGCUGAGAAGGCAAGAAGACCUCGACCUCGACAACAUCGCCCCCAAACGACCCAAUUGGGAUCUCAAACGGGAUCUCGAAAAGAGGUUGAAGAAGCUGGAGAGGAGAGAUAAAGAGGCAGUGAUCCUGCUGAUCAGACAGAGGAUACAAGCCCAGCAAAGGGCGGCGGGCUUGGAUGCGAAUGCUGAUCGAAACGAGGAGAAUGUCACGGGGCUGACCGCCGAGAUUGCUGCUUCGGCAACGGCCGACUUGGGUCAAGGCAGCUCGGAUCUUUCAGAAGAGGAAAGCGGAAGCGAUGGAGAGUAG